AUGAAGCUUCUUCUACCCACUGCGGCCUUUAUGGCAGUGGUCCACGCUGGAACAGUGUCUCUUGACAUGGUUAGGCGACAAAAUACCGAAAACAUCGGCCUAUACUCCCGCCAGCACGCGCGCCACCUUGAAGAAACUCCUCAAAAAGUGACGCUCCUAGUCGAUACUGGCAGCACCGAUACGUUUGUUCUCACCACCAAUGGCACGUGCGCCAGGGAAGACGCCAACUGUCUGACGCCGUACGACCCGGACCAGAGCUCUACCUUGACAAGGGCCACCCCAGACGAGCUUACCGAUGACGAUUUCUACGCCACAUUUGUAGACAAAACGUUUGCCAAAGGCAAAUAUGCAAAGGACGACUUUACUGUCGGCGAUGUUACGCUUGCCCAGCAAAUCAUCGGCGUCGCCGACACCUCAAAUACGACCGAGGGUAUUCUUGGCCUCGCCUUUGAUGAUCUAGAAGUCUCCAACGAGCGCAAAACCGGCGCCGAAAGGUACCCCAGCUUCCUCACAAAGAUGGCGGCCACGGGCGCUAUCAGCAGGCGCGUCUUCAGCAUGUCCCUCGGCGCAGCAUCGGGCAACUUGCGGUUUGGCGGCAUCGAUACGGAGCGCUUCUACGAAGACCUGGCCAAAAUCCCCAUCACAGAGCGUCACUUUGAAGACGACGGCACGCCUGGCUCCUACUCCAUCCUCCUCGACGACUUCACGGCCAAGGGAAUCAGCCCCGAGAUCGCGCCCUUCCGCAGAGGCCAGGUUGCCAUCCUGGACAGCGGCACCACCGAUACCGUGCUUCCAAGGCUGCAGGCGGUGGCGAUAGCCAAUGCUCUCGGCGCCGUGGGGAAUAAGAAUUAUACGGGUUCGGGCAACAAUGGGCUCGUCGACUGCAAGCGCCGCAACGAAAACGUCACGCUAGAAUUUGUGCUUGGCGGAAAGAAGCUCUAUAUCCCCAUUGCUAAUUUCAUUGCGGAUGAGGAGUUUAGCAAGGACAAGUUGAACAACAUGGAUGAUGCGGCACGAGCAUUUAGCAAGAUUUGUACGCUGCGCAUAUCGUCGGCAGAGAACGUGGACGGCUUGUACUUUGGCGACAGCUUUCUGAGAUCGGUCUAUGUUGUCCAUGACGUGGAUAACAAGAUCAUAGGACUCGCGCAGGCCAAUCUGCAGUCUACCAAGAGCAACGUUAUUGAGAUUGGCGCCAAGGACCCAAUUCCCAACGCCAAGGGCGCAGCUCUUCCAGAUCAGGUUGUCAAGACGGGACGUGAUGGCCCCCAGAAGAAUACCAGCGAUAAAACAAGUGCUGCGGAUAAUAUGCUGCAUGUGCCAACGGUGGCAUUUGCCGUCGUUGUUGCGGCUAUUCUCUUAGCAUCUAAAGGGCCUGCCUGUGUUUUAAGGGCGUUGGAAUAA